AUGAAAGGCCUAGGUGCUGCCCUCACUCAAGAACCGGAAACCCGUCGUUUUCGUCUGCAAAGUCCUGACGGAUGUCGAGGUAAGGUACACAGACAUCGAAAGGGCCUUAUUUCAAGAGCCUUCCAAAAGUUCCCUUGAGAGACAGGCUUUACAAACAUUACAACCACCCUUCACUAUCCCCGUACGAUUUAUUGAAAGCCAAGUAGAAUGAGUCAAGUUAGCCCUCCUGAAGUGAAACAUGACAAAGUCAAAGUCAAAGUUAAAGUCCCUGACACGUCGCUUCUUUGUGACCCCCGAUGACCGUCCGCUCCCCUUACCUGCGGAGUUACUAUUGGGGCGUCCAAUACGAGACAACCUUCCAAGAAAGAUUCCAAGGGACCCUUUAAAUGAACAAGCCACCUCAAGGCUUACCAAAAGACAACAAUCUAUCCUCCACUUUUGGGAAUGAAAUCACCACAUCGUCAGACACCUUCAUAACCCACCGUGGCAGGCUGAUUACGCCACCCCAGAGAGGCUGGAUUUGUAAAAGCCGAGUUAAGCCAAUUGAUGAUCUGAAGGAACAUUUAAGAAUGGUCAUAAAAGACUUGUUAUUGUUAUUGUUAAGCAUGUGACUCUGCGUACACUGAAUUAUCUUAAUGCAUAAUUAAUUUGUUUUUAUUUUCAAGGAAACGAGGGAUGCAUUGAUCUACAGCAACAAUCACUUCCAGCGUUUAUGGCCAUGUUACCGCUCAAAAUAUAUUAGUGUUUAAACCUCAAGUCCGCAUUUCCUUAGUGCGAUACAGAAGCAUUGCGAUGUCCAUCUUUUUUGACAACGUUAUAAGACGCUGCUCGAUAAAUUUAACCUUUCGUUGGUUCUCUUCUUAGCCGAGCUCCACGGGUAAUAAAAUUACCCAGCGGAACCCAUGGGUAAUAAGACUUGGUUAUCAAUUUUGGUUGUGCGAAAAUCGUCGGUCAGGGUCCCUACGUCCGUCGCAUAUGAUAUGUUAGCUGAUGCCGAGAAAUGCCACACUCACUAGCUUGCGGUCCAAGAUAUUUACAAUCUAUGUUCAACUUAAUGUUGGACAUCCAUGUUAAGGUCAAUUGACAUUUGUCAAAAUAGGGUAUCCGCUUACCAAAGCCACAUGGCUAUAUGUUGUGAGCAAUUUUACAACUCAUUGAGGUGACGCGGAUUUUUAAAGUUCUCCGCUAACCAGUUAUGGGUUUUCAAUUGAUCGUAAGGUCGAGAAAUAUUUUCAGGAGGAGUUUGAGCAAUGCAUGUGUCAAUUUUUUAGAAAGGUAUUUCUUAAAAAUCCCACGAGAGCUUCUCUUUUGAUCUUGUCUUAAUACAUAUAUUAAAACUAUCGAAUGCAGUUUUGAAGUGUGAUUCAUCCCAACAUGUAGUACCCACAUUUUUCUUAAUUCUUACCAUAUCAUUUUAUUUUUUACCAUACGAUUUUUCAUGAUCUGGUUAUUCCGCUAUGUUUCAGAAUAUCAAACAGAGAGGGAAUUAUUUCAAAACCUUUCGAAUGAGAAUUUGGAUAAAGUAUGGCUAUUGAAUUGUUCAAGCCAGAGCGACCAUCCGAUCCUGAUAGUCAAUGACGCUGGUGAGAAUGUCGCGAUCGGGGCAGAAGUUCAAGUCAUACACGGGGAGAAUCGAAAUAAUGAAGAAGCUGAAGAUCUUUCAAAUUUCAUAACUUGUCUCAUGAAAAAGUGGGAAGAAAGAAAUAAAAAAACGUCUCCAAACGCGAUUGCUAGAUAUAACGUUUCCGGCGAGUCAUCGGGCUCAAAUGGUAUGCACAACGGGAGCAAUAAAGACAGGCAAAGAGGAGCGGAUAACAUUGAAAACAAUGAAAUGGGUGACCAUUUGGUAAGUUUAGGAAAUUUAAAUAUAAAAGGAAAAAAUGGACAUUUAUAUUAAGAAGAACAUGAUUUCAUCUUAUCCCAACUUAAAAGGCAAUUAGUACCACCUUUUACUAAGUAUAAGCGAGCCCAUCAAAGUUCUUCUCCAAAGAUUGAAACCAAAUACCGCUAACAGUUACUGUAUCAAGAUCAGUCGCCAUUUUGGAAUAUGUUUAGCACCCUGCAAUGGGGCUUUCAUUUUUCUCGAGGAGUAAUCUCACGUAAAUAAUUUUUGAAUAAUAGUGAAGUCUCCAAAGUUAUAGAAAUUAAGACCUACCGAUGCGAGAAAAUAUGGUUAUGAAGUGAGUUACGCCCACAUGCACCUGUCCAUCGCCUGCCAACUCGUACAGACUCUACGGCUACGAGUAGAAUUGUUCUCGGCGUUUAUAGAUUAACCGGGGCCGUUAGGGAGCAAACAAUGGAGAUGCUCCGAUAAAAAUCUAGAUAUAAUAUUUUUUGUGUUUGACUUACUAGGAAAAAAUUUUCGAAUAUAAUUCUUUAAAGUUUGGCCUUUGUCUUGUCACGCGUUUGGUCACGCUCCAGGAUUAAUCUACAUUAUCUGAGAUUGGUCAAAUUUUGACAGGUGAGUUCACGCGUAAAAACCAUGCAGGAUCUUGAAACUUGUUUGCCGAUAAAGAGAGACUUUUCUUAUUUUCUUCUUCAGCCUCCACAAAAUAAAAUACAACUUCAUGCCGUCAACAUUUUUUUCUUGUUAUUCAAAGCUGAUUUAAUUUGUUUAAUGGUUUUGGUUGAGGAUUAAACAUCGCAAAGGAUUCAUAAGUGGCUGCGUUUGGAAAAGUUCAGCAAGGCUCUUAAUACGCAGACUACAGGAAAAAUAUUUUGUCCUUUCAAGUUUUUCACUUUUCGUGUUUUUCCACUGUCACCCCAAAUUAAAUACCAGCUGCUAUCAAAAUUAUUCUGAUAUUCAAAGCAGCUUUGUUUAUUCGGUUCUUAGGCUGAUGAAAAAUUUGCAACUGGACUAAGCGAUAGCUGUAUUUGGAGGGAGAGGUGGGGUGGGUUAGUGAUGCAAUCUGUGUGGACAACAAUUCUUUUCGAAACCGACAUAUAUUACUGUGAUCGAAUUCGAUUUAUUUUUUUCUGUUAGUGCAGUUAUUCCCGCAUAGGCUCAUAAGAGAGUACACCGCCCAGGAUUGAAAACACCUUUAACUCAUGAAUUCCUUUUGAAUUUUAGCGGGGCUCCCACGCGCGCGACUCAUGGAAUAUGGUCAGCUGCUUUUCGUUUGGUUGUCACGAGAUUGACCGAGCUUACACGUCUACAGAUUGUACGGGUGGGGUAGGGGAGACUAUCAAAAGGAAGGAAGGGGUGUCUCAGGCAUGUCUUGGCAAAUUCACAUCUUUUAUAUUGGACAUUCACUUUUCACAAUAUGGUCAAUUGACAGCUGUCAAAACAGGAUAGCCACUGAUCAGUAUCACAUGACCAUAUCGCGGGCUCAUGUGUCAACUCAUCGAGGUGAAGUGAUUUAUUUGGAAACUGUCCGCUGACCAGCUAAAUGUUUUACUAGAUCGCGAUCAAUGUUCAAUCUCAUACUUUCUAGCUAGUUUGGGAGCACAGUUGAUAAUGCACACAUUUUGGACAUCGGACAUCAAUGUUGUGAUCAAUUGGCAGCUGUCAAAACAGGGUAUCCGCUGACCAGUAUCACUUGAGCGUAUCGCGGGCUCAGGUGUCGACCCAUCGAAGUCAAGUAUUUUUUUUGAGGUUAUCCGCUGACAAGUUACUAGUUUUCAAAUGAUCGCAGGCUCAAGUUUAAUUUCUCUUUAAUUCAUAUGAAAUAUAUUGUGUUUAUGUGCCACAAAAUUAAGAUUUUGACUUCAAACUGACCUCGGACGCGAAAAUGCAGCCACCUUUUACAGGCAGGGAAGACAGUUUUUUUUGACUUUGCUAACCAUGGUCACGCGUUAGUCACGCUCUACUUCCAAUUUUUAUGCUCUGAUUGGUCAAAAUUUGACAGGUGAGUUCAUGCGGAAAAUUUAUGCGGAAUCUUGAAUCUUGUUUACCUUGACAGCUGAAGCUGACAGAGUUUUGUGUCAACUUGUGAUGUUUUUAACUGUCUUUUUCCACUGGAUGCAGAAAAUGAAAUUCAGCUGCUAGUAGUCAAUUCAGGAGUCUUCUGUUAUUCAUGGCUAGUUGGUUUUUGGUUGAGAAAUACAUCAAUUGUCAAAGUCGGAAAUCUGAUUUGGAUGGCAUCGUUUUCGUUUUUCACCGUGCUUGAUGCGAAAGGGUUGAAAAGUCUGAAGUGAACAAAAGUAACAAGCAAAAGUAAGAACCGGGUGGCCGUAUAUGUUAUUUUGGAAUUUUUUUUACCGGUUUUAUAGCUAAAAGCCCACGCGUGCUUCGAUCGUCCCGAAUAUUGAAUGAGUGCAAUUUGUAUUGCAAAAUUGUGAAAUAUUACAUUAUGUCCGAGGUCUGUAUGAUAAAAACAGUACCUCAUAGUACUGUUUCACCUCAGAUGUGACGUAUAAAUGGUAUAAAAGGUUGGUUUACACGCACCCAGAUUUGUUGGCAAGUGUGUAAAGUGUUAAAACUUGUCGAACGCAAAAAAUUCGGCCUGAUUUUUUCCAGGCCUAAAUAAUCUACGGUGAUCAAGAACCAUUAUGGCUCUUAAAUGUGAUUGAAGAUGAUUACUGCUUUUAAGGUGUACAGAUGAGGUUAUCAACUCGAUGUAAGAUUUUGUCUACCCUUGGCUGUUUGCAAAUUAUUUUUCUCAAAAUCACUUAGCCUUUCCCUCAACAGUCACAUGAAUGAGCUAUGUGCUCUAAAGCUAACUGAAUUGUGGAAUACAAGUUUAUUGCUUGAUUUAAAUUAUAAAUAUAUUAAUGGGAGCCUCGCUUUUCGCCCUGGCUAAAUGUUACCGUAAUCAGAGCCUUUCUCUAAAUUAAUUCAUCAUAUUUUUUGCGACUACUAAGAAAUCAAGGGUAAUGAAGCGCCCGCCUGUUUCUUGAACGUUUCUGGCGAGAUAUGGUUGACAUGGAUCCUUCCCUUUGAGAUCUUUGGCUCGUUGGCCCCCCAGGUGAUGACUUAGCAGUAGUGUAGGUGUGUCCGAAAAAACGCCAUCUUGUGAGAAAGUUAACGCAGCUGCAUUCUUAACUUAUAUGUGGCUCGAAUGUGCAAUACUUUUCAAACGCCAUUGUAAAAUCUCAUUUUUUCUUUUAACAAAAUGUUAUAAAGCGUAAUUGACUUUCAACCCUUGUAAAUAUUAUCAAGGGAAAACUCUAAAAACGUUUUCGUCUUUUUCUUCUUGAACUCUGCACAGUCACUCUGUUAUCAAAGUCACAGCAUAGGUAAAAACGCUCACAGUAUACAGUGGAUGCCUGAGAAGCAAAUGAAAUUUGAUGAUUAUUUGCUGUGUACCUGUGGAGGAGUCCUUGGUGUUUGCCUAAUGAUGGGGAUACUAUGGGACACUUUCUCAAAGCUGCGAGAAAGAAAACCGGAGAACAAAGGUUAGUGUCGUAACGAGCCCUUGGCAGAAGAGACCAAACCACCCCUCAAAUCGGUCAUUUAGGCUAAAUUUACAUAUCUUUUACAUUUCUUUGCCGGGUAGACUUCAAUUGUUGACUUGGUAAUUUUAAGUUUUUGUUUGACGCAAAAUGUCAAAUCAUGACGUCACAAGGACGGACGUCACGAAAAUGGGUUAAAUUAAUUUUUAAUUUCAAAGUUAAACUUCUAUCAUCUGAAAGAGAAUUAGAAGGGGAGUAAAACGCUGAAAACCGCUUUAGCUACGAUACGUAGAAGUCGUAAAAGUUAUUUUAGAGCACCCCCUAGAACCUUUUCCCUAAAAAACGAACCCUUUGAUUUAUUUUUUACAUUUUUUGCAAAAUAAGCUGAUUUUACGGCUACAUAAGCCUUUUAAAGUUGCCAAAAUCGUAUCAUUCAAGGUUUCGCUUUUUGAAACAAAAACGCUAAUUUAGGCGAAACAAAAAAUGAUCACUUGACAUUUUAAUGACGUCACAAAACUGUUUCUUGUGCUUUUACGCAGUUAGGAAUUUCCUUCUUCAAAAUGUUGUUUUUUCUUUAGCUUUCGACAAUAAAGGUGUGUUAUGUUUAUAUUAAAUAGCAAUAUUGACACGUCAAUUAAAUGCUUAAAUUUAGACUUAUUUUACAAGACGACCUGUUUUUGUGGAACGAAUUUAAUCAAAUUCCAAAUUUCAUAUCUCAUCUAAUUUUUGAGAUAUUGAAAAAUUCUUUUCAGCUUUCAGCUUUCCCUGAACAGUUCUUUUGAAAUUGAAAUAAAAAAUGGGAAGGUUCUAAAGAUUAAAAUUUUUGUAUGAAUGACGUCAGCAAUUGUGAAGCCACAUCUUGAAGUCAAAAUUUAUGCCAAUUUGAUUGGCUCAAUAUUUUGUACUUUCAGGCCACGUUUAGUAAGGAAAGAGUUAGAGCCAACAAAUUUUUUGUAAAAUUUAGAGACUUUGAUGACCGAUUUGGGGGCUGUUUAGCCCUGGCGUGAUGGUACAAAAAUCACCUUGAUGAAUACCAAAAGAAGAAGAAGGGCAACAAGAGCAAAGAGAAUGAUACAUCAUUCAAUAGGCUAAAAUCAUUUCUUUUGAAGGCCCCAUUGCGAACCCACUGCUUUGUUUGCCAGCCAGCAAAGUGCUUUUCGUAGCAUGUGACAGUAUUGUGCAAAGGACCCAUUGUUUUAUAAAUGGCUAUUGUUCUCCCGGCAUUUACUUACAGUCACUGACGCUUUCUAAGUCUGUCAUAUUGCAUUGUUAUUCUAAAAUGCUCAACAAGGUUUUAUUUCAUUAAGUUACCAUAUGAAGGUGCGUUAGUGCUCUUCAUCAUGAAGUAGGCACUCGCUCGAGCUCACUUUAUUGUAUUCCCUUUUGUUUGGCCACAUCACACCUUUACGCUUUGACAUUAUUCUUUACAAACGACAGUUAAAAGAUCGUUUCAUGUGCUCAUAGUAAAUAUAGAAAGUAUUUUUAUAUAACAUUCUCGGCACAUGUUAGUGGAGAGAGGGGUCGAGGGGUACGCAAAGUUUGAGCCCUCGCCACUGCCAUAUGACACUCCUAAGGGGUUUGCUUAUUCGUAAGUAAUACUUUGGACGACUUUUCCAACCUAGCAGCGCUUAAAUCAGGUCAUUAAUUAUUCUCAACUUUGUCUUUCUACAGGCUGCGAUGUUGACGUGGAGAAGGGAACAGUUGAGUGA